CUGAGCGGCACUGACGAACUAUCUUAACCAUUUAAUAUAACCUACAGCAUAUUUUAACACUGCUGUAAUACUAAUACUGUCAGUGUUAGUCGUGUGACCGGCUCAGUGGUCGCAGGAAGCUGCGGCUCUUCUCUCAGCUGCUGAUGGAGCACAUCCGACUACCAAAGGUGGAGAAUGUGAAGCUGCUGGACAAGAUCUCCCCCAGAAGAAGUAGGGUGGGCACCCUCUACCUGACAGCCACACACACCAUCUUUGUAGAGAAUGAGGCCGGAGUGCGCAAUGAGACCUGGGGGCUUCACAGUUUGGUUUCCAGUGUGGAGAAACAAGCUGCCACGGCUUCAGGAUGUCCUCUGGUCAUUCACUGCAAAAACUUCCAGGUCCUUCAUUUUGUCAUCCCCCGAGAGCAGGACUGCCACGAUGUUCACCUGUCCCUGCAGCGCCUCUCCCAGCCAGAGAGUUACGAGGAGCUGUAUUGCUUCUCCUUCAAGCCAAACAUCGAUGAGGAGGAGAGACGGCAGGAAUGGGACUUCUUGGACCUCAAAUCUGAGUACAGCAGAAUGGGACUCCCAAACUCCCUGUGGAAACUGUCCCCGGUUAACCGUCACUACAAAGUGAGUGACACUUACCCCGCUGACCUGUUUGUACCUGAUUCGGCCACGCCUCCGGUCAUCGUGGGCAGCUCCAAAUUCCGGAGCAGAGGCAGAUUUCCUACUCUGUCGUACUACUGCAAAGAAAAUCAUGCUGCCAUCUGCCGUAGCAGCCAGCCCCUGUCAGGUUUCAGCGCUCGCUGCCUGGAGGAUGAACAGAUGCUGGAGGCCAUCUUGAGGUCCAAUCCCUGCAGCGACUUCAUGUAUGUUGUGGACACCAGGCCUAAGUUGAAUGCAAUCGCAAAUCGAGCUGCAGGAAAAGGCUAUGAAAAUGAAGACAACUACUCCAACAUUAAAUUCCAGUUCAUCGGCAUCGAGAACAUCCACGUCAUGAGAAACAGCCAACAGAAAAUGCUAGAAGUGUGCGAGCUGCGUUCCCCCUCCAUGUCAGACUUCCUGGAGGGUCUGGAGAACUCAGGCUGGCUGAAGCACAUCAAAGCUGUUUUGGAUGCAGGCAUCUUCAUCGCCAAGGCUGUUGCAGAGGAGGGUGUCAGCGUCCUGGUUCACUGUUCAGAUGGUUGGGACCGUACGGCUCAGGUGUGUUCGGUGGCCUCCGUGCUGCUGGAUCCCUACUACAGGACCCUCAGAGGACUCAUGGUUCUCAUCGAGAAAGACUGGAUCUCAUUCGGACACAAGUUCUCUCACAGAUGCAAUCACCAGGUAGGAGACCCUAAAGAGGUGUCUCCCAUCAUCGAUCAGUUACUGGAGUGCGUGUGGCAGCUGAUGGAGCAGUUCCCCUGUGCCUUUGAGUUCAACGAGAGGUUCCUCAUCACAAUUCACAGCCACAUCUACUCCUGCCAGUAUAGCAACUUCAUUGGCAACAACCAGCGGGAGAGGAUAGAGCUGGGGUUACGUGAGAGGACUCAUUCCUUGUGGAGUUAUCUGUGGACGAACCGCGAGGAUUACAUCAACCCUAUGUACAGACCAAACCACAGCCAGACACAGGGGCUCCUCCGGCCAUCUACUGCCCCCUACUGUUUUAAAUUUUGGAGAGGGCUGUACAACCGUUUUGACCGUGGGAUGCAUCCUCGACAGUCUGUAGCAGAUUACCUGAGGGCCAUCCAAGAGGAGACGCAGCAGUUAGAGGAGCAGCUGGCCUCACACAAACAGAAAAUCGCUAAACUGGAGCAGGAGCAGGAGUGCAUUGUCGCCAAGAAAGCAACCACUUUUGAUAAAAGCCCCACAGCGUGGGCUCUCGGUAAUGACCUGGGUCUGGCCAACACCCCUCAGGACUACACCGGGGGCUUCUUCACCAGCAGCCCCUGUCAGCCUAAAGCACCAGAGGGCAGCCUGAUCCUCUUCCCACAGGACUUGAACAAAACAUCCGACUCCAACCACUCCAACAGCAGCGACCCAGAGUCUGGGAUUGCAGAUCUGAGCUGCCGUUCACCCCUCAGUGAGGACAGCGGCAGGGAUCCAGACUCUGAUGAGGCCGCUUACUCUGCUGCCUAAGCAAAUGUAGCAUUUGGUGGAAGGUGCAGCAGCCACAAGCUUGACCCGCAGGGCCACUGAACAAACACUACCUUGACAUGCACCUAGUAACCCGGCUAUUGGCUAACUCCAGUGAAAAGUCUUAUAUGGGUUACUCAACUGACUUGCACUUUUGUUUGCAUGUGGUGUAGCAGACACUCCCCAUUGCCACAUAUACUAGUUCAAAGUUGUUUGCUGUAGCUGACCACAUUUUAGUUCUUACACAGAUGAAUAGAUUGAAGGUUCUCAAAGUAAGAGCUGAAUAUGAUUCACUGUCAUCUCUGUUGACAAUAUAAUUAACCCAAAACUCUGCAAACAGGUGAAAUACAUCCUGGGCCACAGUAACCAGUUUAAUAUACUACUGAAAACUCAACUACUAUUAAUUUACACGAGUUAGGAACAAGUUAGUAACAAUUCUGAACAAAUCCGUGCACAUGUAAAGUGAGUGCAUGAACUCAUCUCAACAAAUUGUGAGCCAUUGUAGUGUUUGUGUUUCUACUUUGUACCGUUCCAUAGAUUUAAUUUACUCAUCAGGCAUUUGACGGUUAGACGGCUACAGAAGUAAAAUUUUAAUCCCAGCGUGAAUCGGCAAUAAAAGAACAGAGACGGCACUUUGAUAUGCAAGUUUUCAAAGCGACAUGAGACGAUCAGCAAAGCACCAAAGAGAACAAAUCAACGCAAUUUCAGCUUCAUUGAUCUGAGAGACUAUAAAAUGAAUUAACAGAGAGGGAAAUUAGAACACAACCAAACAGAUCAAACACUGAAAAAGAUAAAACAGCAAAUGGAUGAACUAAAGGGAUAUUUUUGUCUAACACUUGUUUUUAAUGUCAUCACACUGUGUGGUCGCUGCUCUUCAGAGGCAGUCCGGGUGCAGGAUGUAAGUCUGGCUGGAAUAAGGAGCACUAAUUCAGUUCUACACAAUAAUUAGUUCGAAUGUAGCAAAGUUUGAACCCCAAAUGACAUAUUACAACUAAACUAAACUCUCUCAACACACCACAGUGACCACAGCUGGGUUUUGGACUACAAUAACUGAUGUUUGGCACCUUGUGAAUCACACCAGGGUAAAGGAUGUGAAAAAUAAGCUUUAUUUUACUGUAGACAAGCAAACGUUAUACAUUUACAUCCCAAGAUUUGUUACGAUCAUAUCAAAGGGAAUCCACUGUCUGCUGGUAUAAAUAUAAUGUUAUGAGUGAAUGAUUGGAUGUAAAGAACCAGCAGACCAGAGCAUGUGAACACGAAUACACUGUUUCUUAGGGCAGGAGAUUACUGACUGAUUAUUUUAAAUAUUUGUGCCAUCUUCUCCAGAACAAUAUAUCUAUAAAUCUAUGUUAUCUAUAAAAUUAGGCCUAAUAUAAAAUUGCAAAUGAACAUUGCACCUAUUAUUAAGCAAAGCAUGUUAAGAUAUUUUUGUACUUUUUUUUGACUACUGUAAUCUUGCUUUAACGCAUGUUGUUUUAUUUGUAUCAGAGUGUCUAAAAAGCCAGGUUAUAAAGAAUUUUAACCUUGUAUAAAAGAAAGCGCUUCAUAUUUCUGUUUUUUCUGUUGUGGAACAAAAGCCAAAAUUGUCCAACUUAUCUAAAUGUGU